UGUCAGACAUCUUAUUCUGAAAUUACAAAGGAUUGGAAUGGAUUGACUUGGCCUCUACUUCUUGUUAAGAAAAUACAUCUCUUGUUUUAUCAGAUGGCCCACUGUGUGACCUUGGUUCAGCUGUCCAUUUCCUGUGACCAUCUCAUUGACAAGGACAUUGGCUCCAAGUCUGACCCACUCUGUGUCCUUUUACAGGAUGUGGGAGGGGGCAACUGGGCUGAGCUUGGCCGAACUGAGCGAGUACGGAACUCUUCAAACCCUGAGUUCUCCAAGACUCUGCAGCUUGAGUACCAUUUUGAGACAGUCCAGAAACUACGUUUUGGAAUCUAUGACAUAGACAACAAGACACCAGAACUGGGAGAUGAUGACUUCCUUGGGGGGGCUGAGUGUUCCCUAGGACAGAUUGUGUCCAGCCAGAUACUGACUCUACCUUUGAUGUUGAAACCUGGAAAACCUGCUGGGCAGGGGACCAUAACAGUUUCAGCUCAGGAGCUGAAGGACAACCGUGUGGUAACCAUGGAGGUAGAGGCCAGAAACCUAGACAAGAAGGACUUCCUGGGAAAAUCGGAUCCAUUCUUAGAGUUCUUUCGUCAGGGUGAUGGGAAAUGGCACCUGGUAUACAGAUCUGAGGUAAUCAAGAAUAACCUGAACCCUAUAUGGAAGCGCUUCUCAGUCUCCCUUCAGCAUUUCUGUGGUGGUGAUCCUAGCGUGCCUAUCCAGGUACGAUGCUCAGACUAUGACAGUGAUGGGUCACAUGAUCUCAUUGGCACCUUCCACACCAGCUUGGCCCAACUGCAAGCAGUCCCGGCUGAGUUUGAAUGCAUCCACCCUGAGAAGCAGCAGAAAAAGAAAAGUUACAAAAACUCUGGAAUUAUCUUUGUCAAGACUUGCCAGGUAGAAACAGAAUAUUCCUUCCUAGACUAUGUGAUGGGAGGCUGUCAAAUCGUGGGUGUGGACUUCACCGGCUCCAAUGGAGAUCCCUCCUCACCUGACUCUUUGCACUACCUGAGUCCAACAGGGGUCAAUGAGUACCUGACAGCGUUAUGGAGUGUGGGCAGUGUGGUUCAGGACUAUGACUCGGACAAGCUGUUUCCAGCAUUUGGAUUUGGGGCCCAAGUGCCCCCUGACUGGCAGGUCUCGCAUGAAUUUGCCUUGAACUUCAACCCCAGUAACCCCUACUGUGCAGGCAUCCAGGGCAUUGUGGAUGCCUACCGCCAAGCCCUGCCUCAAGUUCGUCUGUAUGGCCCUACCAACUUUGCACCCAUUAUCAACCACGUGGCCAGGUUUGCUGCCCAGGCUGCACAUCAAAGGACUGCUUCACAAUACUUCGUGCUGUUGCUGCUCACUGAUGGGGCCGUGACAGAUGUGGAGGCAACACGUGAGGCUGUGGUUCGUGCCUCAAACCUGCCCAUGUCAGUGAUCAUCGUGGGUGUGGGCGGUGCCGACUUCGAGGCCAUGGAGCAACUGGAUGCUGAUGGAGGACCUCUGCGUACACGCUCUGGAGAGGCAGCUGUCCGUGACAUAGUGCAGUUUGUGCCCUAUCGCCGAUUCCAGAAUGCCCCUCGGGAGGCAUUGGCGCAGACUGUGCUUGCUGAAGUGCCUGCACAACUGGUCUCCUACUUCAAGGCUCAGGGUUGGGCCCCAUCAAAGCCACUUCCACUCCCUGCCAAGGGUCCUGCACAGACUCCCCAGGCCUAGGUUCCCUUGCAGGCCAGUCCUUAGCCCUUCAUCCCCAAGGUCCCUCUGGGCCACAGCCCAACCUUGCACACUCCCCAGUGCUAGCACUUUAUAUUUGAUACUUUUAUACUUGCUUCUGCUUGAACCCACCUGCUUAACCCCUGACACACCUCUUUCAAUAAAGACCAGUGAAGAUCAUGA